AACACGAAAAUUCAUCUUGUGAAAAUACAAUGUAUAGAAAUCAAUCUUUGGAUACUUUAAAUCAAAUUCUGCAAACGUUCAUACAGUUCGAGAAAAAGCUUGACAAACUCCAAGAUGAGGUCAGCCACCAUGGCCAUACUUUGACUGACCUUCACGUGAUGAUCGCCAACCUUUCAGGCGGUACAUUAUACGACGCCAGGGGACGAGUUAACGUCGUAAGUAAAACUACAGGCGAAGACAACCUUGAGGUAUCAGCGAGAUCAAAACGCAAAUCUAUCGUUCAGACUACUUCACCUAAAGCGGUAACAAAGUCCUACCAAUCCCAGAAGUUGAAACCCCCAAGAGAACAUUUGCCUAAUGCUGUCAAGAAAAUGUCUUCUUUCCCUAAAACCUCUUCGAAAAUCAAACGCGCUGCUAGACAGAGAAAAGGCGAAUUUCCUCGAAAAGCGACUACAUUAAGGCCCAAGAAGGUCUUGCAAAAAAAGUCAAAAAACCAACAACAAAGUAGUGGGAGUCCCUUGGUAUAUUGAUCAAAACUGAAUGAACUCAUGAGUCUUAAUUAAAAUUAUAGUAGGUAACUUAUUUAUAUACAUUUUUCGUAUUUAUAACCAUCUUGGAAAAUAAAUA